UCUCUGUCGCAGCGAAUGACGUCAGUCUGUAAUGGCGACUUCCUGCCAAACUACAUGUGCUUGAGCUGCGGAGAUCGACGGAUUGCUGUACCUGUAAGUACGGAUCAGUUUGUACUUGUUAUAUUUGGUUUCAGAAAAAUGAAGACGCAGAAGCAAAAGCCGCGCUUUAAGUAUCGCCCUAAAGUCCAAAAGAAAGGAAUCAAGAUCACAGGACAGUGGAAACCGGUGACGAUAGAUCCAAAUCUUUUUGCUGAUGAGAAGCUAGAUGAAAUCGUCUGUUUCGAGGAACUCACAGAUUAUGAAUUUGUGAAGUCUUCUAAAGAGUUAAAGAAAGGUUUCAAGAGAAAACAUGGAGAAGUGGAAGAAAAGUUAGAAAGUGAUGCUACUUCAAAGAGCAAGAAAAGAAAAAAACAAAAAGCAGCCUCAGAGCCCUUACAAGAAUCCAAAACAGAGGAUGCACUGCUGGAAACUGAAGAUGAACACGAGGAGUUUGACGUGGGUGUUAAAAGUGAAGAUGAUGGUGAAGAGGUAACCAAAGAUCAGCUCACUCAAAAAGUAAAAAGCAAAAAGAAAAGAAAAAAACGAAAGAAUAAAAAAAAUACCAGUGCUGAAGAAGAUGCUCCACCGCCCCACUCUGCAAAAAAAUCCAAGAACUGGUCUGAAAAUGCUCUAGCCCACACAUCUAGUAAAAAUGCUGAUGUUUCUGCAUGGAAGAAUCUGCAUGUACCAAAGGUUGUUUUAAAAGCGCUGAGCUUCCUUGGGUUCACAUGUCCAACUCCUAUUCAAGCUUUAGCUCUGCCUUCAGCUAUCCGGGAUAAAAUGGAUAUUCUGGGUGCUGCGGAAACAGGAAGUGGCAAGACUUUGGCUUUUGCUAUCCCCAUGAUACAUUCAAUAUUGGAAUGGCAAAAAAACCAAGAAUCUGGAGCAGCAGAAGGUGAAACCGAAGAGGAACCAACAACAAGUGAUGUGAAUAAUGAGAUUGAUGCGACAGAGAAGCAAGAGCAGGAUAUGAGUGAGAAUGAAGAUGUGGAACAAGUAGAGGACAAUGAUGAUGUUGUUGCAGAGAAUUUUGAUAUUAACUUCAAUGAUAUGUCCUCCAGUAAAAGUGGCACUUGGGGUAAAGAGAGUCCGUUGCUGGGUCUUGUGGUAACUCCUACCAGAGAGCUGGCUGUACAAGUUAAGCAUCAUAUUGAUGCUGUUGCCAAAUUUACAGGCAUCAAAACUGCAAUCAUUGUUGGUGGAAUGGCCUCUCAGAAGCAGCAAAGGUUAUUGGGUAGAAGGCCAGAAAUUGUGAUUGCAACACCAGGCCGCUUGUGGGAGCUAAUUGGAGAGCGACACCCCCAUCUGUGCAACCUUAGGCGGCUAAGGUGUCUUGUUAUAGAUGAAGCUGACAGAAUGGUUGAGAAAGGCCAUUAUGCUGAGUUGUCGCAGCUCUUGGAAUUGCUGAGUGAAGUUCACUACAACCCUAAAAGGCAAACUUUUGUCUUCUCUGCCACUCUGACACUGAUCCAUCAGGCUCCAACUCGUUUGCUGCAGAAAAAAAGGUUCCAAAAAGUUGACAAAGACAGCAAACUUGUUUCCCUAAUGGAAAAGAUUGGCAUGAAGGCCAAGCCCAAGGUAAUUGAUUUAACGAGGAAACAAGCAACUGUAGAAACACUAACCGAGACCCGAAUUCAUUGUGCCACCGAUGAGAAGGACUUCUACCUUUAUUACUUCCUGCUGCAGUACCCAGGCAGGUCGAUGGUCUUUGCAAACAGCAUUGACUGCAUCAAACGUCUGACUUCUCUUCUUACGAUCCUAGAAUGUAACCCACUCCCCCUGCAUGCAAAUAUGCACCAAAAACAGAGGCUAAAGAACCUGGAGCGGUUUGCUGAAAGAGAAAGUUGUGUUCUGCUGACUACAGAUGUUGCUGCUCGCGGCCUGGACAUCCCCAAUGUGCAGCAUGUUAUUCACUAUCAGGUUCCAAGGACAUCCGAAACAUAUGUGCACCGAAGUGGUAGGACAGCUCGGGCAUCUAGUGAUGGGCUUACCCUACUUCUUAUAGGCCCUAAUGAUGUGAUCAAUUUUAAGAAGAUUUUCAGGACCCUAGAAAAAAAUGAAGAACUCCCAAUUUUCCCUGUGGAACCCAAUUGCAUGUCUGGCACAAAGGAACGUGUUAGCUUGGCCAGAAUGAUAGAAAAGAUGGAAUAUUUCAACUGCAAAGCCAAACAACAGAAUUCCUGGAUCCAACAGGCAGCAGAAGCACUGGAAUUAGACCUGGAUGAUGAUGCUUUAAUUGGGGGGCAGCAAAGUGAAGAAGAUGAAAGGAUUAAACAGAAAUCGCUGAAAAUCAUGAAGAAACAGCUAAAACAACUCUUGUCUCAGCCGAUCUUUAGGAACCUCUUAAAGACCAAGUACCCAACACAAACUGGGAAGCUAGCCCUGCCCAUUCUCCCUGCAAGCCAGUUAGAAACUGCUCUACUCACCAUCUCCAAACAGAAAGGGAAAAAAAAGAAAAGUAAAUAGAUGCUCCCUUUAUUGUUUUAGGCUAAAUAACCGUGUUUUGCACGACAAUUUUUAUGAUCUCUGGAGCUGGGACUUAGACACAUGAAACUGCUCGCCUCUGUUUAAAAAUACAUUUCCAUUCAACAAAGGCUUGAUAAAUGCGCUCAGAUCAUUGCUGUAGUGGUGAACUGGGCGUAUUGGGGUGUUUUGAUGCAGUUUCCCACAAGUUUUGGUCACCACACUGCUGAAAUCUCCCUAUGCCCCCAUUGCCGUCUUAAUUGUGACAAUUGUGUGUAAUAAUGUGACUGCUUUUUCCAAUUCAAAAAAUGCCUUGGGCAACACACAAAAAAACCUUUUCAUCAUUUUUAUCUUGUUUUGAUAGAGGAAAUGAAGAUGUAAUUGUAUGUGUCUGAAGAACUUUCUCAUGUAAAUCAACUGCAGUUCUACAUUCACAUAUUGCUACAAAACAGACUGGCAGAUUUCAUCUAUGAGGAUUUAUUCUUUAAAUGCUUAAGUUUAGCAGGUGGGGAGUAUUCCUGAUCCUAUGUAGAUCCAACUAUGUUGUAUUUACAUGUUUCAUGUAAGAAACAAUUGAAUACAUAUUUCUGUAUAACUAAUAUCUAUUAAAAAACAUCUGUUUCUCA